UUUGUAAAGGGGGUUCUAGACGCCACCAAUGGCCAUGGGGUCGACCUCGUUUUAAAUUCACUUACCGGACCUGGAUUCAUUGAAACGAGCCUAUCAUGUACAGCAAUGGGAGGCAGAUUCAUUGAAAUGAGCAAGUUUAAUAUUUUGGAAAAGCAGGAAGUCAAUCGGCUAAGGCCAGAUGUAGCUUAUUUCGUUGAAGAUUUGAGCAGCCAUCCAGAUGACUAUACGAACGAAUUGCUCCAGGAGCUAGAUUUAAAACUUCGAGAUAAAACGUUCACCCCGCCGCCUCAGAGAAUAUUUGAUUUGGUCGACGUCCGUUCGGCAUUACAGUGCCUGCAGGAAGCAAAACAUAUCGGCAAAAUUGUUCUUAAAUAUCCUCAACCAGUCAAACAAGAUUUCAGCCUAAACAUUUCCCCCACCUUUAAACUUCUCAGUGCCAACGCAACCUACGUCAUCACUGGUGGAUGUGGUGGAAUUGGGUUUGAAGUUGGUAAGUGGAUGAUUCAGAAUGGAGCAAGACUUGUUGUGCUGGUUGGAAGAAGAAGCCCUGAGGCCACAAUAAUGCGGGAAAUUGAAUUCCUUCGUGCUUCUAUGGAGAACGAAGAGGUACUAUCAAUUUCACUAGGCGAUAUUGGCUUCAUGCCCUACUGUGAGAAGCUUUUCGGAUGGAUGGAAAGAAAAUGGCCCACAAUGCCCUUGAGAGGAGUUAUUCAUGCUGCAGGGGUUCUAGCUGAUGGGGUUAUUCCUAAUCAAACAACGGAAAGUUUUUUGGCAACACAGCAUCCUAAGGUUAGAGGUGGAUGGAACCUACACCAGCUAACCAAAGAUAAGAACCUGGAUCAUUUUGUAGUCUUCUCUUCAGUAGUUGCAUUAUUAGGUCCACUACCAAUAUAUUAUUAUGACACGUAAAUUUUCAAUACCAAUUCAAGUUCAUAAUUUAAAUAGGCUCGUCAGGGCAAAGUAACCAUGCGUUAGCAAACGCCUUCCUAGAUGGCUUAGUUAACUAUAGACAAUCUCUUGGACUACCAGCUACAACAAUAAAUUGGGGCCAGUGGGGUGAGACUGGAGUAGCGGCAGGAAAGGUGGUGAAUAUGGUGAAGCCAUUUACCACAAAGGCUGGCCUUGCGGCUCUGGAGUACAGCCUAAAGGCAGGCGUUAGUCAAAUCUCUCCUGUGGAUGUAGAUAUAGAUGCACUGGGAAAUAAUAUGCUUGCUCCCUGGUUGACGACGUAUCUCGGGGACAUUAUGAAAUCAAGUAGGAAUACCCGACGGUAUUCAAAUGUAGCCAAAUGGGAAUCAGACUCAGAUUCCUUAUGGCGUGAGCUUAGAAUUUCUGACGACUCGUAUGAGGCUCGUUAUGCAGUAACGAAGCCUUUUGUUGCUCAAAUCAUUGAAAGAUUGCUCAAGUUGGACGACGAACUUCUUCCUAAUGAAUCGCUGCAAGAUCUGGGCUUGGACUCACUAAUGAUGAUUGAGAUGAAGAGCAGUUUGCAAGGCUUAAUUGGUAGUGCAGGUAUAAUUCGGGUAGCAGACCUUGCGGAAUGGCAAACCCUACAUUUAACUACGGUUGCGAUAGUGAACAUAAUGUUCCCCAAAACAUCAGGGCGCGAAUAUGCCAAAUUGGUUGAGCGUAACAAAUUGAUUAAGGAUGAUUCAAUGCUUUGGGAAACUACAAAUGCAGCCAACUUAUUACAAGAAGUCCCAAUAUCGUCUGUCAAAAUCGUCCUACUUACUGGAUGCACUGGUACUGUUGGGCCAUACGUCUUGCAUCAGCUGAGUCGGUUACCCCAAAUUCAAUCGAUCUACUGCCUAGUUCGUUCGCACCAAGUUUCAUCGGGGAGAGAUCGAGUACUCUGCCGCCUAAAGGAACUGAACCUCUUAUCAACUUGUAAAAUCGAAAAGAUCAUCACAAUUGAUGGCGAUGUUGUGUCAGAGCAUUUAUCAUUAAAACUCUUACUCUAUCAUCAAUUAGCCUCCGGUGUUGAAGCUGUAUUCCAUUGUGCUGCUCAAACGUCCCAUAUGGAAAUGUACGGUCGAUCCUCGUCUUCAAAUAUCGGGUUGAGAGCAACAAAUGUUACGGGAACCCAAAACAUUUUGCAAUUUGCAUGCAGUACAAGAAGGAAACACCUUUACAAUGCGUCAUCUUUACUCGCAACAUGGCUACCCGCAAAUCGUCAAGAUAAUUAUUUAGGGUAUCCUGAAACCUUUCCCAAAGAUGGUGACUUUGAUGAAGCCCCAUCUCAUGGGUAUGGAAUCACGAAAUUUAUCGUUGACCGGCUCGUCUGUCAAGCCGUUGAAAGAGGGUUGCCUGUAAAAUCGUUCCGAUUUCCAUUGAUUUGUGGGGAUAGCAUGACGGGAAGGAAAACAAACUUGGGGGUUGAUCACUUUUUUCUGGAAUUUAUCUACUUUGUAAUGAAAUGCACCAUACCAGAUAUAAUCCUUCCACUCCAUCUCCUACCAGUUGAUGUAGCCGUUCGUGUUACGCUCAAGUUAUUUUUCGACGAAAAUGUUCCCAGUGGAAUGUUCAAUAUUACAAAUCCCCAUGCCAGAAAUUUCACAGAUGUUGGGAUGCUUUCAGAAGAAUUUGGACGAAUAUUGAGACUAGCUGAGAUAUUUUAUAAGAACCUGGACAACGUGGGAAAUUCCUUGGGAAGGCACGAUGUUUUUAGGAUUAUGUCGAAUUUUGCCAGGAACGAAGGCGUAGACCAAGAGGAAAUUCUAUAUAUUCUGCAACAUGGGGACUUCAAUGGCGAGAUCACAUGCCAGGAAAUAUUAAAUGAACCCAACAUCCGAACCUUACUACGGAAAGGAUUGGACACCCCAUUCAGCAAAGUUCCCCAUGAUGAUUUCGUCGCACAAAUGCAACGCGAAGGUAAUGGAUCGGUAUUAUAUAAAUGGUUAGAUUAUUACUCUCGCGAUGACGCCCCAACAAGACAUAUGGCAAAUGGAACUUUACCUUUGUAUUCAAAAUGGGUCGAGAAUAUGGAGAGCUUUCAGUUGGCAACUUGCGCCAAAAUGCGACAGUAUAUCCCAAAUGUGGAAGAGUUAAUUCCUGACCCGUUAGAAACGAUAAGGACUGAUUUGCAGUAUGCUAUCGAUAAUAUUGAUUCAAGCUUGGGGAAUUUAUUUCGUGCAAACAAGUAAAUCAUUGUAUACAUAUAUUUAUACAUAUGUAGGAUUUCAGAAUUUAACUAGUAAUGAUAAAUGUUAUUAGAUAUCAUUGUGCAAGAACUUUAUAAGUUCAUACUACAUACUUUGUUUGACUAGAUAGGAUGGAUUUGUGAAUAUAAGACUAAGGAUUAGUUUCGAAAUUUUGCCUUAUUUUACAUAUUUACAUAAUAUGUUAAUAAAAAAAACACCGAAUAUUUUGUCGCUUGUAAUUAGAGUGUAGAAUAUUUUAAUAGAAAACGGGAAUGGAAAAUGUAUUUGUUAUAUUGUCUAAUUUGGCACUGUUUGGUCCACAAGUUUCAUUUUACAUCUGAAGACGGAAUCCCUUCAAAUUAAUCACAAAAGGGUCGUACAAAAAGUGUGUGAUCGAUUUUCGGAGAAUUUUGACCCCUUUUCCCCUGUGUGAGUAAUGGUUGGAUGGUCGAAUAAACUCGUAAAAUAUGUAUGUAGUUAUACAGCUAAAUAAUCUUUAGACUUUCCUCAAGCAAGUGGAGAUCAUCUAUAAAAAAUCUGUAUUUAAAUAAAAUAUUCACUAAAAUCCCUCUGAAACUAAUCACAGCUUUCUGCCAGGUACCCCAAUCGAUAAGAGUACUCUUAGAAAUAUGCAAAAGUCACGAGAAGUUUGGUCCUUAUCUCGAUGAGCACGUCCACAUAUUACGUUAUAAAAAACGAGAUUUUUCGACCACCCACUCCGUCCCAAGCUUCCUCAUUUUAAGCUCAAUACGAGAAGGAUAGGCGACCCUAAAUCCACUCUCCCACAUUUAUGAUGACGUAAUAUAUGGACGUUCCCGGUUUAAAUCGUAUCACAUUUAAUUGAUUAGGUGACCCUUGACCUCCGCACCUUUUGACAUCUAACACGGGUCGACUUCCCCUUUUUAUGACAACUUAGCUCUACCACUAGAGAUCUAUGCAUAUGUCAUAAAUGUACAAAAUAUAAAAAAAUAUAUAUAACCUCUGUAUGUACGUUCAUUUCGCCAUACUUUGCGUGUGGCGUCACGUUUAUGCAAAUAUAUUUUAUCACUUUAUGCACGUCAAUCGAAUAAAGUUAUGUCCAAUGAA